UGUCUUUUCAAGGCAUAGGUUUGGAGAUGUCCUUUCUGUGGAAUUUUCAGUGGGAGCUUAAAUAAGUCAUCCUUUGCGUUAAAGAAAACGCUGAAUAAGUAGCCAUCGAAUACCGAAACAAAAGCCCAAAGACAUACCACCAACAGCGACUCAGGGCCUCGCAGAGCAAGCAGAAAAGUUUCUGUCAUCUCAGGUCAGCCAUGCCAAGCCAGAAUUCAGCAUGUGGGAUUUAGACCGGGCAGGGUCCAAUCCAAGCCUAGUGCUCUUUGCAGAACAAAUACAUCUAACGAACGGUCUUGUGGGCAAGAAAAGCAGCAUACAAGAUUUCCGGAGUGGGCGCAUGCUAAACUGAAGUCAAACAGGCCUUCUCCGUACUAACUUGGGUGGUAGAUUAACUAGGAAGCGUUAAUACAAGAUUCCGUCCAGAGUACUUUGCCUAGAGCCUCUGUUCGAAGUUUCUGUUUUCGAUAUGGCGGAUAAUGACCCUCCAGUCGGCUUUCACCUUAUCUCUACCCUUUGCUAUGACCCUGCUCUCGCAACUCUGCGCUCGUCCAACAAUUCUGCCUACUACCUGCUCCCUUACCACUAUGACCGCUUACUAUCCGCUGCAACCGACUUUCAGUGGACAAAAGCAGUGUCCCGCCUGCGAGAGUGCGGGCACGGGGGCCUCUUGAAGCUCUUCGACCAGAAGAUCCCUUCGCAAUCGCAGCGGUGGCGGAUGCGGAUCCUGCUUGACCAGGAAGGUGAUAUUAAAGCCGAAUUCACACCACUGACAGCACCUCUGCCAGGCGCUCUCUUUCUGCCCACCCUCGAUGGACCAUCUCAUCCAUUCUCGUCCGCACCUUCAUAUCAGUCCUGGGUUCUCAGGCUAGACUCACAGCCCACACAACCCUCCCUUUUCACACGACACAAGACUACCCAGCGUGAAUUGUACGACGCCGCACGGAAGCGGGCAGGAAUCAAGUCGCCCCAGCAGACAGUUGAGGUACUACUAUACAGUCCAUCGGGAGAAGUGAUGGAAGGGAGUAUUACGACUCCGUACUUCAGGCGGAGCCGGAUCCACUCUGGCCGCCAUGGGCACGGACAGGAACUGGAAGAGGUGUGGGUUACGCCGCCGUUGAGCAGUGGAGGAAACGCGGGUACAACGCGUCGGUAUGCUUUGGAAGAAGGACUAUGUGUUGAAGAAGUUGUUGGGGUCGAUGAUCUGGUCGAUGGCGAAGAGGUUUGGUUAAGCAAUGGCGUGCGGGGCUUCAUCAGAGCCGUUCUCGAGCUUGGAUGAUCCAGCUACACAUACGGAGUACACAGUGCUUACAUAUAUUUAACCAUGGAGGACUAUGGAUACAUACAUACAUCUGCAUUGGAGCACACACGUGUAUAAAUCAAGGCCCCUUUCUUGUAUGCUUUCACCUUAUAGAUACA